AGGGGCAAAGCGAAGGGAAGGGGAGGCGCUAUCCAUGCAGAGCAGGCAGCAAGAGCCGCGGGAGCGGCGGCGCUCCGGGGAGCAGCUUCAGCCGCAGCAGCAGCAAGAGCAGCAGCAGGAGGAGGAAGGGACCUUCCAGGCCAGGGCCCCCCACAGCAUGGAGAUAGAGAAGGAGUUCCACCGGCUCGACCAGGCCGACAAUUGGGCGGCCAUCUACCAGGACAUACGACAUGAAGCCAGUGACUUUCCAUGCAAAGUGGCCAAACUUUCCAAAAACAAAAAUCGCAACAGGUACAGAGAUGUCAGCCCCUUUGACCACAGUCGAAUUAAGCUGCAGCAGGAUGAUAAUGAUUAUAUCAAUGCUAGUUUGAUAACAAUGGACGAGGCACACAGGAGCUAUAUCCUCACACAGGGUCCUCUGCCAAAUACUUGUGGUCACUUUUGGGAGAUGAUUUGGGAACAGAAAAGCCGUGGUGUUGUGAUGCUUAACAGAGUGAUGGAAAAGGGAUCAAUAAAAUGUGCACAGUACUGGCCUCAAAAGGAGGAGAAAGAAAUGCUCUUUGAGGAUACAAAUUUCACAUUAACCUUGAUAUCAGAAGACAUAAAAUCCUAUUAUACAGUACGACAGUUAGAAUUGGAAAACCUCACAACACAUGAAACUCGAGAAAUCUUGCACUUUCACUAUACAACGUGGCCGGACUUUGGAGUCCCCGAGUCUCCAGCUUCGUUCCUCAACUUCCUGUUCAAAGUGAGAGAGUCGGGGUCGCUGAGUCCUGAGCAGGGACCCAUUGUUGUGCAUUGCAGUGCGGGGAUUGGAAGAUCAGGAACUUUCUGUUUGGUUGAUACUUGUCUCCUCUUGAUGGACAAAAGGAAAGACCCUUCUUCUGUCGACAUUAAGCAGGUUCUUUUAGAAAUGAGAAAAUACCGUAUGGGGCUUAUACAGACCGCAGACCAACUUCGUUUCUCUUACUUGGCUGUUAUAGAGGGAGCAAAAUUUAUUAUGGGAGACUCAUCUGUGCAGGAGCAAUGGAAAGAGCUCUCUAAAGAGGACUUGGACCCACCCCCAGACCAUACUCCACCACCACCCAGGCCACCCAAACGAACCUCAGAAUUGAAUAAUGGAAAGGCAUACGAUCUCAUGGAACCUUUUCCAAAACAUCAGGUGACCGAGGAAGAAAUCACACCUGCAGUCGGCAUGCUGGAGGCGAAGGUUCCUGAUGGCAGGGGUUGCAGCCCUGAGCAACUAGAUAUGGAGAGAGGUAUCCAAGACACUGAGCUUAGGAAGAGAACUGUUGAUGCUUCACCGCACAGUGAAGAGAUGGUAAAGCCAGAAGAAGAGGAUGACGAGAACAUGAUGUCAACUUGGAAACCAUUUCUGGUCAACAUCUGCAUGUUCACUGUCCUGACUGCAGGAGCGUACCUCUGUUACAGGGUGUGUUUUCAUUGAUGGACAUGCCGGCGAUCGUUCCGAAACGCCAGUAACGUCACCAGUGUUUAACUUGUUUCUAUAAAAAAAAAAAGCUGAAGGGGGCAACCAAGCCUUGUCCCAGUGGAAGAGUAUAUUUUAAGUUUGAGAAGCUGGAACUUUGGUUAGGGCUUAAAGAGAAAGUUGAUGCACUAGGGUUUAAUGUUAGCCCUACGGUCCCAAGAACAUAAUAUUCUAAUCUCAGGGCCUUAAGAUAUUCAGGAGUAAGCAGAGAAUAUGCCAAAUAAGUCUUGUGUUUUUCAUUAUUUUUCCUUAUUUUUUAAAAUGGAAUAAUAAGAGUUUACAACACAUUGUUGUUUUUUUAGUCUUUUAAAGCCAGUUUUUGUUCUUUUGGUGUUGUUGAGGGGUUUUUUGUUUUGUUUUGUUUUUCAAAAAAAGAAAAGAAAAAGAAGCUAGCCACAAGUGAAAACUGCUUGUAUUCUCCAAGUGUUUGUAACCAAAUACGCGAUUGGGUUCCUUAAAACACCACUAUACACCCACAUAUACACACCCCUGAAGAAUGUACAACUUUUUUUGAGAAGGGAGAGCUCUUUACUGCUUGCCUUUUAAAGUCUGAGGGGUUAAUCUCUAAAGAACCACUUCUGUAUAACCUCUAUGAAUUAAAUUGGCUGUUGCUCAGGAGCUCCGGUGAAUAAAUAGAGAUGAUUUAGUCCCACCACCACCACCACCGUUGAAGUUGGAUUGUACCUUGAGAUUUUUUUGGCAGUGCAGUUAAGAUCGGAUAUAUUUGAUCAUAUUUAGAUAGGGUUGUUUUUUGUUUUGCUUUCAUUACACAUUUAUUAUAAUGGGCACUUGCUAUUGCUCAGGGCAUCCUGACAGGUCAAUGCUACUAUUUUGUUCCUCCCUUUUAGACAAAAAGGAACUGCAUUUAUCCCUACCCACCCUCACCCAUUGCAAGUCUUCUGUUACACUCUUAUUUGUGCGCACAUGCUGAUUGCAUUGCACCAUAAACUUUCCAGUUACCUAUCUUUUGGAGGAGGGGAGGCAAAAUGCAACCAAGAUAUGUGCACCAGCAUUAAAAAAAAUGGUUUCAGAUACUUGCUUUAGAAAGGACCAGUUUUAAAGCUGCUUUAUUAUUUGGAAUGUAAGAUGCAGUUUCACUCUAGACUUGCCAUGUGAAGAAUGUGCUUUGUGUUUAAAACAGAACAAGAAGAGUUUAAAAGUCAUAAUAACAAUAAAUCUCCGUAUUACAGAGAGCCGUUGGUAAUGUUUCUUAAUAAUUCCUGAGUAGCUAAUGCUGGGGGCAGCUUUCUUUUGGAGAAAAGGUGAGCAGACCUAGCUCUCCAGAUCAGCUAGUCAUUUCGCAAGAUGCAAGCCACUGUAUUGGUAGGCUUUCAUUGUGUUGGCUUUUAUUUUUAUUUUUUAAGAAAAGCAUUUCAAGAUUGAUUUUUAUUUGGUUUAAGAUCAUGCUGUUUAGUAACCAGGCUUAAGGCUGCAGUUCUAUACACACUUACCUGAAAUUGAGCCUGAUUGAACUCAGAAGGACUUAAUUCUAAGCAGCAUAUGUAGGAUUGCACUGUAAGCAUCUGAAUCUUCUGCCUCUGCAGAAAAGUAAUCAUCCUUAUUCAGAACAAAUCCAUGGGGUUAGAUCCAGAUUUAGAGUGAACCUAACACAAUAAAUGGGAUUUGAUUUACUCCUGACUAACUUAAGUCCCAUUGAUUUCAAUGGGUCUACUCUUGAGUAUGACAAGGUCAGGAUCCAACCCAUGGACUUUUUGUUCCACUUGAAAAUGGGGGGCGGAGGGGUUUUUUGAUACAGUGUAGCUCUGGUAACUGGCCGUAGCUGCGAAAAGAAGGGCAUAAAUUAGGCCAAUCAUGUAUUUUACUUUUGUUGACUGGGUUAGUAAGCUGACUUGUUAACUUCUGUUUUUGUGAGCACCAGAAGUAAUAACACAGAGGAAUCCUUUGUCUAUGGUGCAGAGAACAAGACAAAUUUAUUCAUUAGUGUUGUAGUUGUUUCAGAGUAAAACCAUGACAGCUAAACUACAGUGCGACUAAUUACUGCUUUGAAAAUUCUGCGUUCUACUUAUAUAGCACUUAAGCUCCAUCCCCUUUAAAACAAAUCUAUAACAUAAUAGACUUUUCACUCCAUAUUUAUUUUUGUUCUCCACAACUCUUGCAGACUUUAGCUCUUUUUUCUCCCUUGAAUCAAUGAGGCGUUAAUUAAUAGUCUUGAGGAAGGAAGGAAGAAAGGAGAGGUCUGAUUUUAAAAAAUAAAGUUUAAAAGCUAAGGUUGCAUCAAGGGCUUUUCUUAAGUACAAUAAUAAAUCCUCAGGUAGUACUGGAAUCUUACAAAAGACGUUACCUGUGAGAUUGUUGUUCAGAUCAGAAUUUGAAAGGAGGAAUAUUGUUAAGUGGUCAAUAUUUAAUAGUAAUAUUGGAAAUAUGAGAAAUAUUGAUAUGAGUAUAGAAAAUGGUAUAAUAUAUAAUGGCUCAUCUGUGUAUUUUACUAUACAGUAUGUGGAUUGCUUUGUCCCCAUUAAUCUCAUUCAGUGGGAUAUUGUUCAAAAGUGGCAUUUGUAUCCCAUUUUUACUCAAAUGCAUGUAUAGAGUCUCCUAAAAGUGUCCUGAUCAAAAUCCAUGUGCUUGAAAGGUGAAAAUAUAUUUUUUUAUAUUUCUGCUUUCUGAUGUGCCCAAAUUAUACUUGCAUGAUCCGAUCAUUUAAAUGGCUGUGGAUCCCAAGGGUGUCACUGAAGUUUCUUUGUUCAGCCAAUAGAUGGGUAGGUGUGUGUGUGUGCUCUCUUUAAAAACAAAAAC